AUGCUUCGAACUUGUCUAAAGAAGCGAAUCUAUACUUUCUCUUCCAUUCGAGACAGAAUCAAUCAAGAGAGGGCGGAGAGAUUGAAGAAUUUGCCAACUACCACAGAAGAGAAAAUCAGAAACUUUGGAAUCAUAGCACACAUCGAUGCAGGCAAAACAACAACCACAGAAAGAAUGCUGUUCUACUCUGGAGCCAUCACAUUCCCAGGUGAAGUUCAUGACGGUACCACCACCAUGGACUUCAUGCCCUAAGAAAGACAAAGGGGAAUCACCAUCAGAUCUGCAGCCAUCUCCUUCAACUGGGCCAAUCAUCAAUAUAAUCUCAUCGACACUCCUGGACACAUUGAUUUUACAGCUGAAGUCGAAAGAUCCCUCAGAGUUUUAGAUGGAGCCAUAGCAAUCUUUGAUGGAGUCUCAGGUGUCCAAACACAAUCAGAAACUGUGUGGUUGCAAGCCAAUAAGUUCAACAUCCCCAAAAUUGCAUUCGUAAACAAAAUGGAUAGACAAGGGGCAUCAUUAGACUACACUCUUCAAUCUAUGAAAGACAGAUUGCACAUCAAACCUUUUAUAAUGCAGAUCCCAGUAGGUGAAAUUGAUUAUUUCAAUUCUGUCAUCGAUCUCUUGACUCUCCAAGAGAUUGUCUGGUUAGACAAGUACGGCUCAGAAGUUUAAUUCAGAGAUGUCGAUAAAUCUCAUCGUUAUUAUGAUAAAGCCAUCUAAGCCAGAGAUGAUCUGUUGUCUACUGUGUCUGAGUAUGAUGAUAAGAUUGCCGAACUCUAUUUGGAAGACUCUAAAGAAUUGCUCAAUCAAUAGUUGCUGCUUCAUUCUAUUAGACAAAUUAUUAAUACAAAUUACAACCAAUGUUGCCCCAUCUACGUUGGAUCAGCACUCAAAAAUAGGGGUAUCUAACCAAUUCUGGAUGCUGUCCAUUAACUAUUGCCAGGACCUAGUGAAAGACCUUUGAUCUUUGACAUCAACAAUCCAAAUAACAAAAGGAAACUAGAAAAGAGUGAAAAACUGACUGCUUAUGUGUACAAGGUUCUACAGGAUCAAGACUUGGGAUUGCUUGGAUUUACUAGAAUCUAUUCUGGAGAAAUGACUUAAAAAUAAAACUAUAAUAACAGCACCAAGGAUGAACUUAUUAAGGUCAACAAUCUCUAUAGAGUCAGAGCCAACAGGUAUGUUCCCAUCAAUAGUGUUCAAGCUGGAGAUAUCAUUGCAAUUCAAUCCAAGUAGGCAGUUGCUGGGUCUACCAUAAUUGGACCCAAUGAUGAGAGAUUUGUAUUACAGUAAUUGUAAUUACCUCAGUGUGUCUUCUUUGCCAACUUAGAAUAUGAGUCAGCCAAGGACAAACUCAAAUUAGAUUAGGCUUUGCAAUAGUUGCAAUUGGAGGAUGAGAGCCUGAAGAUUUCCAUAAUUGAUGAGUCACUUAUUACUAUUGGUGGACAAGGAGAAUUACAUCUCGAAAUAGUUGUGUAAAGAUUGAAAGAAGAUUUUGGCUUAAACACAAAACUCAAGAAGAUGCAAGUCGAAUACAAGGAGAGCAUUAGUGAGGAAGGAGUCUUGGAAGUCAAAUAUUAGGAUAUCCUUAAAGGAAGACCCUUGUGGUUUAAAUUGAAGUUGAAGUUGUAACCAAGUGAAUAGCAGGAGAAUGAAGUCAUUUUUGAUUUUGAUAGAGAAAACGACUUCGACAUCCUAUAUAAGCAAUUCAAAGAAAGUUAACUCAGAUUGGUGCCCAAUCAAAAAAUUGAAUCCUCAAUCAAAUAUAUCAAGAAUCCUUGUAAAAACAUAGAAGUAGAUUCCAUCUUUGAUGACCAUGGGGAAGAAAAGGCCUAUCAUAUAUCUUCCUUGCCAUUUCCCAUGUUCUUUUAAUUGGAAAAGUCAAUCCUGGCAUCUCUCAAUAGGGGUUUCUUGAAAUCCUAUUAAAUGCAAGGCGUUAAUGCCACAAUCUUGGAUGGUGCUUUCUCUGUUAAAAGGACCAAUGAUUUGGCUAUCGGCAGAGCAGUCCAAAAAUUAAUGACAGAAAUCCAUCCCUUACUCAAACCCAUCAUAUUAGAACCCAUCAUGGAUCUUGAGAUCUCUUGUCCCAAUUCAUUGUAGUAGAGAAUCAUUAAUGAUUUGAUUUCCCAUAGAAGGGGAAAAAUCAUUGAAAUCAAACAAGAUUAAAAUAGAGCAGGAUCUCAAAACAGCAAUAGAGUCAUUCUUACAGCCACUAUUCCAUCCUAGGAGACCAUUGGAUAUUCCACGGCCAUUCGAUCUAUUUCUCAAGGAGAAGCAUAUUUCUCAAUGAGUUUCAAGUAAUAUGAAUUUGUGGGUGGACAAAAACAAAGUGAACUAAUAUCAGAAGUCUUUUGAAAAAUUUAGUGUGUUUUUUAAUAUUUUUCAUUCAUUUUAAUA